GCUACAGUGAUGUCACUAUGGAAACAUUCAAGCUUUCGAUUGGAUGAAACUAUGAACAGCUAAUUUAGUUUAAAUGCGUGGUUAAAUAAAUCGUAGUGUACUAUGAUAGAGAGAGUAAGUGCUAAAUAAACGAGCAUCGUGUUCCGCACAAGCUACCGUCAAAACCGGAUACCGGCUGAAAAUCAUUGAAACUUCAAAGAUACAUUACGUACAAUCGCGUCUAAUUUCAUAAUUUUUUCAAAGUGUGACUUGCAUUUUUAUUAUGUUUAAAGUGCCUCAUUGGCAUUACUUCACUUAACUAUAGGUCAUUUUUCCUAACAUUUGGUCAAUCCUUGUGAUUAUGCAUAUUAUUCCUGCCUCACUGAAUUUUUCUCGUAAGACUGCUUUAAUUUGUAAGCCGUUAUCUUUUUUAAAAAGGUUUCAAUAAAAUAUUCGAACUCUCCGCGAAGCUGGGUGAACACACUCAAUUUUAAUAUUUUUCACUAAAUCAUAAGUGGGGAAGAACAAUGUUUUAGGUAAUUGAGUUACUAUUAAUCCAAAAAACUACUACAAAAAAUGGAAAAAAUGGAAAAUCAGGAUCGUAGAGGUUUCCGGGUAAAUUUUGAUGCAUUGUGCUUAGGUGAUGACCUUGAUGUAAGUGAAGAACAUAGUAGCACAGAGGACAGAUUCUUUGAUAGUGUAAUAGGUCAUAUUGAAGAUGUUUUGCUUGAGGAUGAAUUUCAAAAUCAACAAAAAUGUUUUCUUGAGAGGUACUGGCAAGAAUUCGAUUACGGAGAAGAAAACAAACUUAGCUACAUGGAUAUAUUCAAAGAAUAUUUUCCUCACAGUGUUGAAAAGUUCAACAAAAGUUUCCUCAAUCAAUGUUCUGCCCAAUCAAUGUUGUAUCCCAUUUUAAACAAUUUUCCCCUUGAAACCGUCAAGGAACGAAAGAAUUGCCACAUCAACCUGAUUCUUUUUACCUGGGUCAUCAUUAAUCUUAAUUUAAUCCACCUCCACUCAUUUCGUUUCAGAGCAGCCAAACAAAUUGCCAAGAUCAACCAUAUGGGGAAGUCGGGUGUGAAUCACCCGAGUAAUAUCAAUACUGUUAAAGGUUUUUAUUUGGGUACCCUUAAGGCCUUGCAAAUAUACUCUUGCCUUAUUGUUUUCAGAGAGAGGAAAGAUGAACUAGAUGGAGAAGUGUUUGAAAUUCUAGACACAUUCUCUGAUUUCAUGGCAUUUAAAGAAAUGUUUCUCGACUACAAAGCUAUUAAAGAAGGAACUGUUGAAGACCUUAGCAAAGACAUUGUUGUAAGCUCUAAACACUAAGAAAAUUAUUAAAUAUUUACUUACUCCGUCCUCAAUGUGAUAACCUAAAUGUUGAUAGGAGUCUUUAUUUACACUAGGAUAUAAUAUAGAAUAGAAUCCUUUUAAAAAGACUGAUUUUUUUAUUUAAUGAUUUUGAAUUACAAAAGUAAGAAAUAAACAAAAUUAAUUCAUAAGAAUUUCUAUUUGCACUAGUCGACUAUUUGUAUCGCCAGGCAUGUGAUAUGGUACUGUGCCAGCAAAAGUGGUAAUGGAACGUGCUUUCUCCCGAAGAUAACCAAGUUGCUGAGCGAAAUGAGAAGGAAAGUAGCUCCAAAUACUUUUGAAGGCUUCGGGCUCUAUGCCAUAGAAUUCCAGAACUCUGCCCAAUGCCCGGGCCAAGAUACAAUUAAUACGCAACUGAAAUGUGCGAAUUGCACAGGAGCGCAUCCCGCUAAUUAUCAGGAAUGCAGCUUUCACUUAGAGGCAUUACGAGUGCGAAAACAACUCGAAAGGCUUCGUGCCGCCCGCGAGCAGCGCAUCGGCAAUACACCCGCCCAGAGCAACGCACACCAGCGCACUAAUUUCCCCUCACUCGCAACCCCUACCGCCAGCGCCCCAACAUGGUGGGGGCAAACCACUCAAUCACCACAGAGCCCGCAGCCAAUCGACGCUCUUUCUAAAGGAACUGAUCGACUUAGUCAAAGGUUUCAACAUCGCAAAAAUAAUAACCGCUGCUAAAACAGCAAUAAAUAUUCUAAAAGGCCCUGGCGACUUACUAACCAAGGUUCUCACAGCCUUCCAAGCAGUAACCGAAAUUUUUUAAAUGGCCCACAUAGUAAACAGGUUAUAUAAUAUCGCGUCAUGGAACGCUAAUUGCUCCUGCAUCAAAACAAAAACUCUAAUUGAAACAUUCUGCGACGACUAUGGCAUACCCAUCCUCCUACUCCAGGAGACGCACCUAUCAAGCACCCGCACCUUCAACUUAAGAGGCUUUCACAUUUACAGAAACGAUAGGACUACCAGGCAAGGCGGCGGCACGGUAAUUGCGAUUAGACGUACCCUCCCGCAUACGAGACUAACCACGCCCCAACUAGUAAAUUUAGAUGCGACAAUAGUAGAAGUAGGAACGGCCACCGGUCCGAUAAUCUUCAUAUCCGCGUACAGAAGCCCAG